CGACCCUCCCCGCGGGACCCCAGGACAAGGUUUCCAGGCCCACCCCGGGACCUCCGUGAGCGUCGCAGCGGCCAUGACAGCCGACGGGAUGUCCGGAGACAUGGCCAAGCCCCUGAUCGGCCCGCCGGGCGAGGAGAGCGAGGCCGUCCUCCCGCCCCCCCGGUCCCCGCCCCCGGGCCGGGCGGUGGCCAUCCUGGGCAGCGGGGACUUCGCCCGCUCGCUGGCCUCCCGCCUGGUGGGCUCGGGGUUCCGGGUGCUGGUGGGCAGCAGGAACCCCAAGCGCGUGGCGGGCCUCUUCCCGGAGGCGGCCUCGGUGGUCCCCCAGGCGGAGGCGGUGGGGCCGGCGGACGUGGUCUUCGUGGCCGUCUUCCGGGAGCAUUACCGCACGCUGGGGCCCCUGGCCGCCCGGCUGGCCGGAAAGAUCCUGGUGGACGUCAGCAACGCCGGCGAGCCGGGCGGGCCGGCGCCGGGCCCCGGCCAGUCCAACGCCGAGCACCUGGCCUCCCUCUUCCCCGCCAGCUUCGUCGUCAAGGGCUUCAACGGGCUGUCCGCCUGGACCCUGCAGCAGGGACCCCGGGACGGCAACAGGCAGGUGCCGCUGUGCGGCGACCAGCCCGAGGCCAGGGCCCGCGUGGGCGAGCUGGCGAGGGCCAUGGGGUUCUGGCCGGCGGAGGCGGGGCCGCUGUCGUCGGCCUGGGAGCUGGAGGCCCGCCCGCUGAGGCUGCUGCCCUCCUGGAGGCUGCCGGCCCGCCUGGCCCUGCUCCUCUUCCUCGCCUUCUACGCCUACAACGCGGUCCGCGACGUGCUGCAUCCCUACCUGCGCCGGGGCCGCGACCGCCUCUACCUGCUGCCCCUGGCCCUGGUCAACACGUCGCUGCCCUGCGCGGCCCUGGUGCUGCUGGCGCUGGUCUACGCGCCCGGCCCGCUGGCGGCCGGCCUGCAGCUGCGGCGCGGCACCAAGUACCGGCCCUUCCCCGCCCCGCUGGACCGCUGGAUGCGCCACCGCAAGCAGCUGGGCCUGCUGGCCUUCCUGGCCGCCGCCCUGCACGGCCUCUACAGCGCCUGCCUGCCCCUGCGCCGGGCCCACCGCUAUCGCCUCAUCGACGACGCCGUCCUGCAGGUGGCAUCCAACGUGAGCUCGGCCUGGAAGGAGGAGGAGGUGUGGCGGAUGGAGAUCUACCUGUCGCUGGGCAUCCUGGCCCUCGGCCUGCUGUCGGUGCUGGCCGUCGCCUCGCUGCCCUCCGUCGCCGACUCCCUCAACUGGACCGAGUUCAGCUUCGUGCAGUCGACGCUGGGCCUGGCGGCCCUGACGCUGGCCACGCUGCACACGCUGACCUACGGGUGGACGCGGGCCUGGGACGCCGCCCGCUACAAGUUCUACCUGCCGCCCACCUUCACGCUGGCCCUGGUCCCGCCCUGCGGCGUCCUGGCGGGCCGGGCCCUGCUGCUCCUGCCCUGGCCGGCGCGCAGGCUGGCCCGCAUCCGCAGGGGCUGGGAACGCACCCGCGCCAACCCCGGCCUGCGCUUCGCCCCGCCCGACCGCUGCACCAGCCACGUGUAGCUGCCCCCCGGGCCCCCCCGGGGACCCCGGGCCCGGCCCUCCGGGAGCGCGGACCCGGCCCUCGGGAAGCACAGAUCCUACUCUCGG